UUGUCUCCAGUCUCGACGAUCGGGGAUUCCGAGCAGCCGGCGAGGCUCCGGUGUGUUUCAAGCCAAGAACGGCCGAGGGGAGGGACCAGUCUCCCAUUUUUAUCUUUCAAAACGGUGGGAAGCAAGUCACGAAAAACGGCGAACCACUACGGCGUCCAUUACACCGGCUCGUACGCGUACAGCAACGGGGCGCCGAGCGUGUACAGCAGCUAUCCGGCGAACGGCGGGUUCGUGCAGCAUCAUCUCCAUGAGGACUACCGGCCGAUUUACUUUUACGUAGCGCAACCCUACACUAUCCCGUACACGUUCGCGAGGAGACCCAGGCCGUCGUCGCUGCUCAGGCCGGGCAAACCUCCUCGCGGCAGCAACUGUCGCGUCAAGUUCUCCAAGAGGCUCGGCAACGCGGACUUCUCGCAGAAGGUCAAGCAGGGCGAGUUCUCGAGGAGCCUGAGCCAGGUGCACUUCGUCGAGAGCCAGGGCCAAGUGAUCGCGAACUAUCCGAAGGUUGGCCCGACGUCGCGCGACCCAAGGAUGACGUCCAUGUUCCGCAGGGGCACCAUCUUCGCUACCUUCUUCCUAUCGCUGCUAGGCGGAGGACUCGUUUGCGCCGCCCUCGUGACGCAACACUGGGUCGAGGCGAGACCUCUCAGAACACCGAAUCCUCAGGAGAGCGCGGGCAGGGUGCAUUUCGGGCUGCUCCACGGCAAGAAGGAGCUGAACGUCGCUUACGGUUGGAGGACGUAUCAUAUAUCCGUGCACCAGAUGAUCCGACAAGAUCCAACAGUGAUGUCCUGGGGUCUGUGGAUCAGCACCCUGACGACAACUUCGGCGGCCCUGGUCACCGCCGGACUAGCUGCGCUUCUCGCCGUUCUGAACACGGCCACUUCGCCGAGGUCUAAAAUCCUCUCCGAUCCCGGGGUGUACUUCAUCAAUAUCUUAACGCUGUUAAUGUGCCUCGCCAGCACGAGCACCUGGUUGGCGCAGUACUACACAAAGCUGUACUUCAACGUGCUUCCGAAGGAGGACAUCGACAAUAUGUGGACCAGCGAGGGUUCCGCUGAGCUCGGUUAUUCAUUUUGGCUGGUCGUGUGCGCCGGUGUGGUGCAUUUAAUCAGCAUAGCAUUGGUCGGCUGGGGCUCCGGACGGGACAAAAUUGAACGUCUCGAAGCGAUUCCAGCGUUAGAGGAGAAGACCGCCGCGGCAAUAAUGCUGUAUUGAAUCCGAGGAUUCCCCGGGUCGUGGGCUCAAAGAGAAGAGGUCCAUUACAGAAAUUAAACAGCGCUCGCGUGUCGGGCCGGCCGGAGCCGAUUACACAGAGGACAGUUGUUUCCGUUGUUCGAGAACGAAUUCCGUAAAGUUCCUAGACGUUCGAUGGCACGUUUAACGAGUCGCGCGUUUCUUUUCAAACAAACGGCACACCGGUUGGAAAGGAGGUACAGUGAAAUUAUGAACGCGUCGAUUCGCAGCGUAACAUUCGAUGUAUCGGGGAUUUUUCUUUAAAAAAGAACGAAUAAUCGCAAAGAAGGUGAUUCAGAGACGAAUGCGUUCGAUCGAUGUCGUUUAAACUGAAAGUAUUUUGAAAAAUGUAUUUAAUAUUCGAGGUGUUUUAUACAUUUAUCGGUGUGAAAGGUUUCUUGAAAUACUCUGUACGAUUUAAUUAGGUCCCUCGCGAUUGGUAGUUUGUUCGAGGUAGGUUCGCGGAUAGACAGCGAAUACCGAAAUAGAGGAUAUUUAAUAUUUUAGUUUCGCAACGAUGCAAGUUCCGAUCGGAGAUGUUCGACUUGAAAAUUCGACCGCGGUGCUUUCCAGGCCGCUAAGAUAAUCGCAAUGAGAAAUCAGAGCGUGUAAUCGACGAAUGCUUCUAUUAGCGAACAUCGUCAUACCGUGCGACUCAAAGUAAGUGUACAUUACGUAUCCGCCGAGGCACAUUACAAGUUUCAAACAAUAAAACCGAUAAGUACGUAAUCAUAGGUGUUUUAACAACUCUCAUAUGUUUAUCGUGUAAUGAUUAUCAGUUCCCUAAUCAUUCACUGGCCGUUUCCAAUGAACGCGUUUGGUAAGCAGGGAUUGAAACGGUUCUGAAAAUGUUUAAUUUGUUUUCCGGUUUUGUGUUCUGCAAUUGUCAUUUUUGGUAUCAUUUGUGAUUUGGUUCUAUAUUAUAACGGGUACAGAACUGGAAAAUGAUUGUACAAUGGAAAUAAUAGCAACUUUGAAGGAAAUUAAAACUGAUGAGAUUAAAUUUAUAUAAUAAGAGCUAUGGAGAUUUUUCGGUUCUCAUGACUGUUAGAAACUGAAACUGAUACGGUCAUCAAUCCCUGUAAUCGUAAGUGUUUUGCUCCGCGUAAGUAGCUUGAGCUUUGCUCUUGAC